AUGACUUUGAAAUAUUUCGUAGAUGGUACGUUAGUUCUCAAUGGCCUGGAAUUUUAGAGGGGUGUCGUUCAAAUAUAGCCCAAGAUCACAGCUCAAAUGAAACUAGGAUAUUCGGGGGCGGCUGGGGUGGCUCAGUUGGUCUGACUCGUGAUUUUGACUCAGGUCAUGAACUUGUGGUUUGUGGGAUCGAGCCCCGUGUUGGGCUCUGUGAUGACAGCACGGAGCCUACUUGGGAUUCUCUGUCUCCCUCUCUCUGCCGCUCCCCCACUCACAUGCAUGUGCGCGCAUUUGUUCUGUCUCGCGGUAAAUAAGUAAAAGCUAAGGUAUUCAAACAACAGAUUUAGCGUGAAGUUUAUAUACAGUUACACGGUACAGUAAGUGGAGAAAACCAAGGUGCAGAUCUGUUUAUAUGAGCUUAUCAUUUAAUUUUAAAAGUAUAUGCUUUUCUCAUACACUCAGGCACAAGCACAUUUAUAUGAUUAUAUAUGCAUAGAAAAUGUCUGGAAGAACAUGCGUCCACCAAAUGAUUAACAUUUGUAAUCUUUGUUUUUUUGUGGGUUUUUAAGUUUAUUUAUUAUGAGAGCAAGAGGGAGCAUAUGCACAUGCGUGCAGGGGAGGGGUCGGGGGGGGGGCAGAGAUAGAGAGAGAGAAUCCCAACGUGGGGCUCAAACUCACAAAGCCUGAGCUCAUGACCUGAGCCAAGAUCAGGAGUCAGACAUUUAACGGACUGGGCCACCCAGGCACCCCAACAUUUGUAAUCUUUAUGAAGAUUAUAAAGAUAGUUUAUUUUUCACUUAUGGAAGCCGGUUCCAUAAAUAGUUACAUAGUGCCUGUUUUGUGCCAGCUAUCGUCUAGGCUGUCCAAAUGUUUAUAUGAGUAAAACAGAAAUGGUUUUAUUUAUCAUUGUGUUUCCAGUAAUGAGAAAAACUCUCCAUGUCUGUGGUGGGGGUUGUAACCUAGAGUACUGUGCUGUUCGAAUUUGCUUUUUUGAACAUGCUUUAAAUAUAUAAAAAAUACAAAAUUUUAAUUCUAAUAUUUAGAAACCCUUUCACCAUUUUGUAGCCCCUCUCCAAAAAUGCAAAACUGAUAGUUUUAGAAUACUUACCUACAUAUUCACAGAAAAUCCUAUGAAGGAAACAUUAAAAAGUUUCCAUUAAAAUCACCUUUCUUUCUUACCCGAUCUAAAAGUAGCAAAGGAUCUUCAGUGGAACAGACACAGCGUCACCUGCAGCACCCCGCUCGCCCGUCCACCCUGUGGCCUGAUUCUCAGGGAGGGUCUGUCACCCUGAUGGGGACUCGGUGCCAGGUGGGGGAGGUGGUGCUGUUUGUGUGGGUCACAUUCCUCAUCAGCUGAACCUCAAUAUGUUUAAAUGCAGAACAUGAUCUUCUUAUGGAUAAGCUAGGUCGCAAAUGAACUUGAGGUCAUUCCACACAUCAACCAAGAUGCAGUUACAGAGACUGAAUCUGCCUUCCUACCUUAACUAAUCAAAACUCAGACAAAGCACACAACACAACAGUUUCAGAUACUUGUGUAUCGCAUGUCCUAGGACAGUGAUUUCUGACAGAGGAAGCAAAUGAGGUGACCCUGUGAUUGCCCCAGCUUACGAUCUUCAGAGCUCCCUGGCCAGGGAGCAGAAAGGGAGGCCAGUGGUCUACAGAAUUGAGGAGACACACCUGGUGGCAGCGUAAGGACAAGGUGGAUGGCAUUCACAGGGCAGAGGACUGGGGGAGAGCACAGGACAAGAAGGGUCUGCAGAGCCACCCCCCCCCCCGCCCCCCGCCCCAGAGUUGUGUCACGAAUGCAUGCCUGGGAAAGAAGCCCUGGAAAGCAGAGAGGAAGCCUGAACCCACCCCCACCCUUCCCCCAGUGCCGGAACGACUGGUUCCCAAAGCCAGAGAAUUCACAGGGCAACAAGUAGAGUCCUCAGAGGGUGUUGCCUGCGGGUGGGGAGAAUCUAGCCCUACACUGCCUGCCAGCCCCACCCAUCCACGGGCCCAGCGGAGAGUGGCUCUCCAAGCAGUGCAGCCACAUCCCACAGCCAAGGUCAAGGAUAGUUGCGGGAGUACAUACCCACAAGGUGUAAAAUUCACAACAGCUGGUAUCUAAUCCAGAAAUAAACUGAAAAACACUGUCCAUAAUAAGGAAUUUCAGGGGCGCCUGGGUGCCUCAUUUGGUUGAGCGUCCAACUUCAGCUCAGGUCAUGAUCUCACGAUUUGUAGGUUCGAAGCUCCACGUUGGGUUGCCCUGAUAACACGCAGAGCCUGCUUCAGAUUCUCUGUCCCCACCCUCUCUCUGCCCUUUCCCAGCUUGUGCUCUUUAAAAAAAAAAAAAAUUAUUUUUUAAGGACUUAACAUUGCUACUUUAUUUUAAUAUGAAAUUUAUUGUCAAAUUGGUUUCCAUACCAAAAAAAAAAUUUAAAAAACAAUUCCAUCAGUUGAAAUCAACUAAAGAAAAUAAUAGUGGUAUGCCAGGCCUAAUAAUGCAGGAGCGUGAAGGAUGCCAUGAAUUCCAUCUGGGGGUGUCUUUGAGCUUGCCGAGUAGACACCAUUAACAAAGCUCACCCUCCUAAGUUGAAAAAUUUAUGGACGAGAAAUUGUCAUUGAGAUUAAAUGGUGGCAGACAUGUCCAGGGAAUAUUGCGGGGGUUCAGUCCCUUCAUGAAUCUUGGGAAAGAUGGACGUGUGGAGAUGGCAACUAGUGGGCAGCAGAACGACAUUGGAAUGGUGGUAAUUCCAGGAAAUUGUGUCAUCCUGUUAGAAGCCUUGGAAUGAGCAUUGUUAACAACGGGUGUGUUAUGGAAGAAACCAGUGGCUUCCACGUGUCCCCUCUCCGUAGCUCCUACUAUAUAAACAUGUUCCUACUAUAUAAAAAUCAGGUUGUGCAUUUUCAUAUUGAACUUUCUUGUUAAAUAAACUUCUGUAAUAGUCAAAAAAGUAGUAACAGUGGUAGGAAUUAGCAGACAUGGACGUCAAAACAGUUAUUAUAAUUAUACUCCAUAUGCUCCACAUUCAGUGGAGAUAUAAACAAUAAAAGAUAACUUUCUAGAGACAAAAACUGAAGGUCUUAAGAUGAAAAGUAUAUCAGACAACUAACAGACUAGAGACUACAGUCAGAAAUAUUAGUGAAUUUGAACACGGAUAGAAACUCAGCAAAGCGAAACAAUAAAGAAGAAUCUUAAAAAAAAAAAAAAUCCAAAAAAGCAUCAGUGAGCUGUGGGACAAGUACCCACAGCCUUGCAUCCACACAAUUAGAGUCCCAGAGAGGGGAGUGUAAGAAAUACUAGAAAAAACAGUGGAAACUUUCCUGAUUCGGUGAAAACUAUAAACCUACACACAUCUCCAGGAAAUUUAACAGACCUGAAGUACAAGAAGUCUGCAGAAAACUGCACCAAGACACAUGACAAUCAAAUGCCUGAAAGUUGCUUAGAAAGAACUUAUAAACCUUAGAAACAAAGUCUCAUUAUAAGCAGGGGAGCAGAACAAGGAACGGCAGCAGAUUUCCUAUUGAUAGCAGCGGGGUGGUUCUGGAAGGUGCUGGCAGGAAACACUGUCCGCCUGGAACUCUGUGCCCAACCUACACUGCAGAAAUGAAGAGGAUGUACACAAUUAUCCAGACGUGCCUGAGCUGAAAGAUGGGGCAGGAGUUACCGCUGACCUGUACCACCAGCCACGAGAGCCCUUACAGCACACGGAAACCGCCCUAGAGGGACACGAUGGCCUCCCUGGAGGAGCAAAAAGGACCAGAAAUGAUAAGUGGGUGUGGACAUGUAAAGAAUGUUUUGUUGCAGAAAAAAAUCCUCUUUAAAAGAUAACUGAGUUUUUAACUUUUUAAUUCAUUUAAAAGCGAGCACACACACGGCAAAGAGGGGCAGAGGGAAAGUGAGAGUCUCAAGCAGGCUCCGUACUUGGCACAGAGCCUGAUGCGGGGCUCAGUCACAACUGUGAGAUCGUGACCUGAGCUGGAACCAAGAGUCAGAUGCUCAACCAGCUGAGCCACCCAGGCACUCAGUAACUGACUUUUUAAACA